AUGUUUCUUUUGUCAAAAAGGUCAAAGAUAGGGAAAAUUUUUCAAUGCGGUGAGAUUGAUAUUAUUUUAAAAUCACAUCCAAACAUUUUGAUUAUUUGUACCUUUAAAAAAAUACAACAUCAUAAUUCAGUGAUAUGUUGUAGUUCAUUAGAGUUAUUAAACACAUUACUAGAUAUUAUAAAAAGUCCAAGAGAUUUUCUUAUUUACUCUGUAAGUACAUUGUGUAUAACAAAUAAAAAAAUCUCUUAUUUCAAUAUUCUCAAUUGUAAAGGGGUUGACAUUUAUAUUCAAUCAUUUUCUGAGCAUAAACUAUGGUACGUAGAUGUCAUGCAUGACUAA